GCAGGUGCGCAUGCCGAAUUCUAUGAAGUCCAUUGGGGCUUCAGCGUUUCAUUCAUGCAGUUCGCUCGAGCUUGUGGAAAUGUCGGACUGGCUUGUUGAGAUCAACCAUUCUGCUUUCCACUCUUGCAGCUCGCUCGUUCACGUGGACAUUCCCAAUACUGUUGCGCAUAUCGGCCCCUUCGUCUUUUAUGCAUGCAGCUCGCUGCAGAGCGUCAGCAUUUCAACAUCGGCGGAAAGCAUCGGCGAGUAUUCCUUUAGCGAGUGCAGCUCCCUCGUUCAAGUGAGCAUACCUGAAUCGGUAACGUAUGUAGGCCCUUGGGCUUUCUCCACGUGCAGUUCGCUUCAGAGCGUUGAUAUUGGUGGUCAGAUUCGCGACAUCCAUGAGGGGACGUUUGCUGAUUGCCAGGCCACGGCGGCGAAGGGCGCGGGCCAUGCGGUGGAACAGCUGCAGCCCGAGGCGGAGCCAUGCGACGGCGCUGCAGGCAGCAGCAACGCCGGCGACGUCAAGGAGACGAACCAGGACAGCAGCCCGAACGUGAUCAGCACCGAGAAGGUCUGGGAGGCCAACGCGAUGAGGUGGCAGCCCCUGGCGAAGCUUUGCGGCGAAGUGGCGAUCAACCAGCUCGAGCGCGACCAGGGCUUCACCAACGACGGUCCAGCAGGUUCCACCGCCUCGGCCGGUCGCGGCCGCAACGCCGGGCUGAAUCAGAUGCGCCAGCAGAAUCUCAGCGCCGCCCUGGGCAGCGGCUGCAGGCAACCGAGGCCGGACCGAGCGCGCCAGGAGCGCCUCGACGAGCUCGCGCGGCUGCGGGCGACCCUGCCCCCGGCGCUGGCCUGCCUCGACUGGGACGACGCGCAGGCCGACCGGGCGAGCUGGGGCCCGGGCGCUGCGCGGAGAACCGUUGUCAGGAACGACCCAGAGGUGGCGAGGCGCGUGCUCGGGCGGCUGCAUCUGGGACGGUUCCACGCGAACAAGAAGGCCAUGAAGCAGAUGUUCAAGGCCGCGGGCGCUCCUCCAAAGAUCAUCGGCAUGGCGGGCGACUACCGAGUCUGCAGGUCGCGGACGAAGCGCAACAACCAACCAGCCACCACGAGCACUGUCAGCAUGGAGUUCAACGACGAGGCGCAGUUGGACUCGCUGUUCAACGAGCGGAGGGCGGUCGGAGCUCGCGGACUCUACCCGACUUUCUCCAGGCGCGUCGGACUUAGGCGCCCGGCCAAUGUGCCCAGAGAGGUGAUAGACCCAUGGCGCAAGAAGGAGAACAUCCAGGCGCGCAACGCCAUCUCGACCAUCGGCGCGACCUGCAAGGCGCCGAGGAUGCCGGCGAAGCUCGUUGACGUCGGAGAUGUAGCGUUCAGGCGCGAUCCCGAGGUUGGCGAUGAGACGCGCAGUAUACAUGAUCGCAAUGGUUGGCGCAGGCCCAGGUGGACGACGCAACGCGCUGGAGUUCUACUCGAGGAAGCAGGCGCGCGCAGCGAGUUCGGCGGCCUGGACUAG